AUGGCGGAGAAGACGAGUACCUAUGGAGAAGUGUGCUACAGCUCAGUGCCGCAGGCUUCUCCCGGGGGCAAGCCAGAUAAUGAAAUCUCUUCAGACUGCAAUCACCUCUUGUGGAACUACAAGCUGAACCUGACUACAGAUCCGAAGUUUGAAUCUGUGGCCAGAGAAGUCUGCAAGUCCACUAUUGCAGAGAUCAAGGAGUGUGCAGAUGAACCAGUAGGUAAAGGCUUCUUGGUGUCAUGUUUGGUGGAUCAUAGAGGCAACAUCACUGAAUACCAGUGCCAUCAGUACAUCACUAAAAUGACAGCCAUUAUCUUCAGUGAUUAUCGGUUGAUCUGUGGCUUCAUGGAUGACUGCAAGGCUGACAUCAAUCUCCUGAAAUGUGGCAGCAUUCGACCUGGAGAAAAGGAUGCCCACUCACAAGGAGAGGUGGUGGCAUGCCUGGAAAAAGGUCUGGUAAAAGAGGCAGAGGAGACUGAUCCUCAUAUGCAGGUUUCUGAUCAGUGUAAGAAAGCAAUUCUUCGUGUAGCUGAACUCUCUUCGGAUGACUUCCACUUGGACCGGCAUCUCUACUUUGCAUGCCGAGAUGAUAGAGAACGAUUUUGUGAAAACACUCAGGCUGGGGAAGGCCGAGUCUACAAGUGCCUCUUUAAUCACAAGUUUGAAGAAUCAAUGAGUGAAAAGUGUCGUGAUGCGCUAACAACCCGCCAGAAGCUGAUAGCCCAAGACUACAAAGUCAGUUACUCGCUGGCAAAGUCCUGUAAAAGUGAUCUGAAGAAGUACCGCUGUAAUGUGGAGAACCUUCCCCGGUCUCGGGAAGCCAGGCUUUCCUAUCUGUUGAUGUGCUUAGAGUCUGCUGUGCACAGAGGUCGACAGGUGAGCAGUGAGUGCCAGGGUGAAAUGUUGGAUUACCGGCGCAUGCUAAUGGAAGACUUCUCACUGAGCCCAGAAAUCAUCCUGAGCUGCCGAGGGGAGAUCGAACACCACUGCUCAGGCCUGCAUCGGAAAGGCCGCACCCUGCAUUGCCUGAUGAAAGUAGUGCGGGGUGAAAAGGGAAACGUCGGACUGAAUUGUCAGCAGGCACUUCAAACACUGAUUCAAGAAACUGACCCCGGCGCAGAUUACCGCAUUGACCGAGCGUUGAAUGAGGCCUGUGAGUCAGUGAUACAGACCGCCUGCAAGCACAUACGGUCUGGAGACCCAAUGAUUCUGUCUUGCCUGAUGGAGCACUUGUAUACCGAGAAGAUGGUAGAGGACUGUGAGCAUAGGCUCCUGGAGCUCCAGUAUUUUAUAUCUCGUGAUUGGAAAUUAGAUACAGUCCUUUACCGCAAGUGUCAGGGAGAUGCCUCCCGUCUCUGCCAUACCCACGGCUGGAAUGAAACCAGUGAGCUGAUGCCUCCAGGGGCUGUUUUCUCCUGCUUGUACAGGCAUGCGUACCGCACAGAGGAGCAAGGAAGGAGGCUAUCACGAGAGUGCAGAGCAGAGGUCCAGAGAAUCCUCCACCAGCGUGCGAUGGAUGUGAAGCUGGACCCAGCCCUCCAGGACAAGUGCAUGAUUGACUUAGGGAAGUGGUGCAGUGAAAAAACAGAGACAGGGCAGGAGCUGGAAUGCCUUCAGGACCAUCUUGAUGACUUGGUGUCUGAUUGCAGAGACAUAGUGGGAAACCUCACUGAGCUGGAGUCCGAGGACAUUCAAAUUGAAGCCUUGCUGAUGAGAGCGUGUGAGCCCAUUAUCCAGACGUUCUGUCAUGAGGUUGCGGAUAACCAGAUUGAUUCUGGGGACCUGAUGGAGUGUCUAAUACAGAACAAGCACCAGAAGGAAAUGAAUGAAAAAUGUGCAAUCGGAGUUACUCAUUUCCAGCUGGUUCAAAUGAAAGAUUUUAGGUUCUCGUACAAGUUUAAAAUGGCUUGCAAGGAGGAUGUGCUGAAACUUUGCCCCAACAUCAAAAAAAAGGUGGAUGUAGUGAUCUGUCUGAGCACAACUGUGCGCAAUGAUACUUUGCAGGAUGCCAAGGAGCACAGAGUCUCUCUGAAGUGCCGCAAACAGCUGCGUGUUGAGGAGCUAGAGAUGACCGAGGAUAUCAGACUUGAACCAGAAUUGUAUGAGGCUUGUAAAAGUGACAUCAAGAAUUACUGCCAAAACGUGCCCUAUGGCAAUGCUCAGAUUAUUGAAUGCCUGAAAGAAAUCAAAAAGCAGUUAAGUACCCGGUGCCACCAGAAGGUGUUUAAACUACAGGAGACAGAGAUGAUGGAUCCAGAACUGGACUACACACUCAUGAGAGUCUGCAAGCAGAUGAUCAAGCGGUUUUGUCCAGAAGCAGACUCAAAAAAUAUGUUGCAGUGUUUGAAACAAAACAAGAACAGUGAAGUGAUGGAUCCUAAAUGCAAGCAAAUGAUUACCAAGCGUCAGAUUACACAGAACACAGAUUACCGCUUAAAUCCAGUUCUCAGGAAGGCCUGCAAAGCAGACAUACCAAAAUUCUGCCAAAAUAUCCUGAACAGGGCCAAGGAUGAUACAGAGUUGGAAGGACAAGUCAUCUCAUGCCUGAAGUUGAAAUAUGCAGACCAGCGUCUCUCUCCAGACUGCGAGGACCAAAUUCGAGUGAUAAUCCAGGAAUCGGCUCUUGAUUAUCGGCUGGAUCCCCAACUUCAGAUGCACUGCUCUGAAGAGAUUUCCAGCUUGUGUGCAGAAGAAGCAGCAGCUCAGGAGCAGACUGGGCAGGUGGAAGAAUGUCUGAAAGUGAAUCUGCUGAAAAUAAAAACUGAAAUGUGCAAGAAGGAAGUGCUCAACAUGCUGAAGGAAAGCAAAGCAGAUAUAUUUGUUGACCCGGUGCUCCACACAGCCUGUGCCCUAGACAUCAAACACCACUGUGCUGCCAUUCCACCAGGGAGAGGACGCCAAAUGUCGUGCUUAAUGGAAGCUCUGGAAGAUAAACGUGUGAGGUUGCAGCCUGAAUGCAAGAAACGCCUUAAUGAUCGUAUUGAAAUGUGGAGCUAUGCCGCAAAGGUUGCCCCAGCAGAAGGCUUUUCUGACCUUGCCAUGCAAGUUAUGACCUCUCCGUCCAAGAAUUACAUACUAUCUGUGAUCACGGUUGGCAUCUGUGUACUCUUCCUGAUCGGCCUGAUGUGUGGACGCAUCACCAAGCGGGUGACAAGAGAGCUCAAGGACAGGUAGAGCCUGGAUUGCCUGCUGAAGAAAUGCCUGCCCAGUGCCCAGUUUUGUACAGGCCUCCUCUGUAUAGUCUACCCACCCCCUCUUGUGAGAGGAGAAUAAAAA